CAGCCCAGCCCCAAGCCCAGCCCCCCUCCCCCAGCCCGGCCCCCACCCUUUCCCCCUCCAGCGGUUACUGCUACCCCGGUGCAUUGUGGGCGCACGGUCCGUUGUUCAUUUGCCAUUCGACCUCCGCCAGGGCCUGGUCGGACGGAAACGCUCCGCCGGCUUUAUUGUCGGUUCGUUAUGUGGCGGAGCCUAGCAGUUUAACGUGCCUCUCGCCCUCAGCGCCUGGGAAGCCGGCGGCGGCGUCGGGACUCCUCGGCGCACCGGAGGAAGGAUAUUUGUUUGGAGGGUCGGUGUGUGCGCGCGGAUUUAAAGAGGGGGCAGCGGAGGGUCUCCCCGCACUCCGCCUCUCAACUUCGAAGGCCCCACGCGCCCCCGGCUCGCUGCUCACCUCUCCGCCGCCCGCCCCCUUCUCCGCGCGGGACGCUGCCCGGAGCACAGCGGGGCGGGGGUGGAGGACGAGGAGGCGGCCGGAGGCGGCGGCCCGGCGGGCGGUGGUGGACGCGUGAGGCAGCCCCGGGAGCGAGCGCGAGCCGGGCGGCCGGGCGGGAGGGCGAGGCCGAGCCCCGCGAGACCGGAACGCCGGGGGUGGGGGCGGGGGCGAAGCCGAGGGGGAGCGGCGGGGAACGCGCGGGACGCGGCCCGAGGCCGGGCGCGAGCCGGGGCACCGGGCGGCGGCGGCGGCGCGCGCCAUGUCGUUCAGUGAAAUGAACCGCAGGACGCUGGCGUUCCGAGGAGGCGGGUUGGUCACCGCCAGCGGCGGCAGCGGCGGCGGCGGCAGUUCCACGAACAAUAACGCUGGCGGGGAGGCCUCGGCUUGGCCUCAGCAGCCCCAGCCAAGACAACCCCAGCCGCUAGCGCCUCAGCAGCUCAAUGGGCGGGGGGCCGACGAGGAAGUGGAAUUGGAGGGCCUGGAGCCCCAAGACCUGGAGGCCUCCGCUGGGGCGGCCGCCGCCGCCGAGGAAACCAAGGAGUUGCUGCUCCCCCAAGACGCGGGCGGCCCCACCUCGCUGGGCGGCGGUGGCGCGGGGGGCCCCCUGCUAGCGGAAAGGAACCGUCGGACUCUGGCCUUCCGAGGAGGAGGCGGCGGCGGGGGUCUCGGCAACAAUGGCAGUAGCCGCGGCCGCCCCGAGACCUCGGCGUGGCCCCUGAGGCAUUUCAAUGGGCGAGGGCCAGCGGCUGUGGAUCUGGAGCUGGACGCGCUGGAGGGGAAGGAGUUGAUGCAGGACGGCGCGUCCCUGAGCGACAGCACCGAGGACGAGGAGGAGGGGGCGAGCCUGGGCGACGGCAGCGGGGCGGAAGGCGGCAGCUGCAGCAGCAGCAGGCGGUCGGGCGGAGAUGGCGGGGACGAAGUGGAGGGCAGCGGUGUGGGAGCUGGCGAAGGAGAGACUGUCCAGCACUUCCCGCUCGCGCGGCCCAAGUCCCUAAUGCAGAAGCUACAGUGUUCCUUCCAGACCUCUUGGCUCAAAGAUUUUCCCUGGCUGCGGUAUUCCAAGGAUACUGGCCUUAUGUCUUGCGGCUGGUGCCAAAAGACCCCUGAGGACGGGGGAAGCGGGGACCUUCCUCAAGUGGGGCACGAUGAGCUUUCGCGAGGGACCCGAAACUACAAGAAAACCCUUCUUCUGAGACAUCACGUCUCUACCGAGCACAAACUCCACGAAGCCAACGCCCAGGAGUCAGAAAUACCAUCAGAGGAGGGGUACUGUGACUUUAAUAGUAGGCCAAAUGAGAACUCUUAUUGCUAUCAACUUCUUCGACAACUAAAUGAACAAAGAAAGAAAGGUAUUCUUUGUGAUGUCAGCAUCGUGGUGAGCGGAAAAAUCUUUAAAGCCCAUAAGAACAUCCUGGUUGCAGGCAGCCGUUUCUUUAAGACUUUAUAUUGCUUUUCAAACAAAGAAAGCCCUAACCAAAACAAUACUACCCAUUUAGAUAUUGCUGCAGUUCAAGGUUUUUCAGUCAUCUUGGACUUCUUGUAUUCUGGUAACCUGGUGCUCACAAGCCAAAAUGCCAUUGAAGUGAUGACAGUGGCCAGCUAUCUUCAAAUGAGUGAAGUUGUUCAAACCUGCCGAAAUUUCAUUAAAGAUGCCUUAAACAUAAGCAUUAAAUCAGAAGCUCCAGAGUCUGUUGUCGUGGACUAUAAUAAUAGAAAACCAGUUAAUAGAGAUGGUCUAUCUUCAUCACGGGAUCAAAAAAUUGCCAGUUUUUGGGCGACACGGAAUCUUACCAAUUUGGCAAGUAAUGUAAAAAUUGAAAAUGAUGGUUGUAACGUCGACGAGGGCCAAAUAGAAAACUACCAGAUGAAUGACAGUAGUUGGGUCCAGGAUGGUUCACCUGAAUUGGCUGAAAAUGAAUCUCAAGGUCAAACAAAAGUGUUUAUUUGGAAUAAUAUGGGCUCCCAGGGAAUUCAAGAGACUGGCAAAACAAGGAGGAAAAACCAAACUACAAAGAGAUUUAUUUAUAAUAUACCACCUAAUGAAACAAAUUUAGAAGAUUGCUCAGUGAUGCAGCCACCUGUUGCCUAUCCAGAGGAAGAUUUAUCAUUCAUCAAGGAAGAACCAGACCUGGAUGGUGCUCUACUCUCAGGGCCAGAUUGUGAUAGGAAUGUGAAUACAAAUUUAUUGGCUGAAGCCAGCUCCAAUCAGGAUGGAGGUGAUGCUGGUACUUCACAUGAUUUCAAGUAUGGCCUGAUGCCUGGCCCUUCAAGUGAUUUCAAGUAUGGAUUGCUACCAGGUACUUCAAAUGAUUUCAAGUAUGGAUUGAUACCAGGUGCUUCAAACGAUUUCAAGUAUGGAUUAUUGCCUGAAUCUUGGCCAAAACAAGAAACUUGGGAAAAUGGUGAAUCAUCUCUAAUCAUGAACAAGUUAAAAUGCCCUCAUUGUAGCUAUGUAGCCAAAUACAGACGAACACUAAAAAGGCAUUUGCUCAUUCAUACGGGAGUCAGAUCAUUUAGCUGUGACAUUUGUGGAAAACUGUUUACUCGCAGAGAACAUGUGAAAAGACAUUCCCUGGUGCAUAAAAAGGAUAAAAAAUACAAAUGUAUGGUGUGUAAGAAGAUCUUCAUGUUAGCAGCCAGUGUUGGAAUAAGACAUGGAUCUCGACGCUAUGGUGUUUGUGUAGACUGUGCAGAUAAAUCACAACCAGGAGGGCAAGAAGGUGUAGAUCAGGGACAGGAUACAGAUUUCCCUCGGGAUGAAGAAUAUGAGGAAAAUGAAGUAGGAGAAGCUGACGAAGAGCUGGUUGAUGAUGGAGAAGAUCAGAAUGAUCCAUCUCGAUGGGAUGAAUCAGGAGAUGUUUGUAUGUCUCUAGAUGAUUAACUGACCUAUACUCCUCAAGGAUGCUGCAUUUGGACAUAAUAUGAAUCGACAAUUUGAAUUGUUGAACUUGAAGGCUUGCAAAAUAUGGUACAUGCUGGAUGGUAGUUAUGUUGCUGUGAAAACUGUAGGGUCAAAAAGCCUUAUAGCAAAAAAAAAAUUUUUUUUUUUAUAUUUGCACAGGACUGUACAGCAAACAACCUUGUGGUUGGAUUACAUGGAGUCCCAUCUUCAGUCAGUUAUCAAAAAUAUUUUUUAUUUAUAGGAUAUACAGUAACUAUUUGGGUCCUAUGAAUAUAUAGUACGUGUCCUUAAAGAGCUUACAUUCAUGUGCCACUUUAACAUGAAUGAAGAAAACCCAUUUAUGAGACUACAGUGACAGCUGACCCAAUUACUCUGUCCAUCAAACCACUCAGGCUAGUUUGUACUAGUAGAGUUUUGUUUCUAUUUUUAUUUUUAUUAAUUUUAUUUUUUUUAAUACAGAUUUUCAGUGAGGGGCCUUUUCAACCCCAUGGGUUCUACCUUUCUGUAUUUUUCCAUUUUAAUUUGCUUCAUAACUUAAACCAAGUCUCUUCUAGUCUUAGGUAUUAUUUCUCAAUUUUGUGCUGAUGGGCAUGUUUAUAAGAACUGGAGAGGUAAUUUAUUGGAAUGAACUAACUGACUUCCUCCAUUCCCCCUUCCUUUUUGACAUGAAUUUUACUACUUUACAAAUGAAGAAAUGAUGUUGCAAAGUUAACAUGGCGAAGUUGACAAAUACCACUAAAAUGAUUAUGAUCUAGAAGUAACUUUCUCCUGCUGCUGUAAUCGAUAAAUGGUUACUAUAUGACGUUUUCUGACAUAGUAUUCGGUUUUGGGUAUCUGUUACUUUGGCACUAUUCUGGUUUGCCUCUUUUUAUUUUUGCCAGUGUACUAUACCUCAGUCCUAUAUGAAAAGACAGAAAUCUAAUCGAAAGAAAAGUCGUCAUAGAAACAAUAAGGAAAAUGAUUUGUCUCCUAAUUUGACCUCCAUGUCCAGUUUGGUUAGCUUGUUAUGCAAUAUAAGUGAAAUAUCAGGUUUUUAUUCCUGUGCCCUUUUUAUCAUUAAAAAUAACACAAAAAGUGCAUUCUCUUUUGUUUGAUACUUACUGGGAUAUUGAACGUUUUGAAAUUAUGAUAGAUCAUUAUUUUUUCAAUUCCUCAAAGUUACUACAUCUUCAUAUAUAGUCUUUCUGGUAGUCACCAUGAUUCAACAAUCUGCAAAAAUCUUACAAAUAAGAUAUUGAGAGGCUUUACAAUUAUUCUGUUAACUAAAUUCUUCAGGGUACAAGGGGUGAUGUAUUAAGUUGAAAUUGUCAGAUUUAUUUAGCCUAAUGACAGAUGAAUUAGCUGAUUGUUAAACUCACAGCAGCAUUUCACAUAAUUAAUAUUAACAUGCAUGACAUUUAUCAGGAACAUAUUGUAUAUUAUAUAAGAUUGAGGGAUAUCAUAUUUUCAGCUUUCUUUUAAAUAGAAAUUGAGUAUAUUUUCCUAUUUUAUAUCAGGUCACUAAAUUAUGCUAUUUGUGUGGAAAAAAUUGCAAAGUAUACUUUGACAGACAUAAUCCUUUUGGUGCUCCAUCUGAUCAAAGUUGAAAAGCUGAUAGGUUUUUUAAGAGACAAGCUUUCUCAUUGUCUCCGACUUCAGUACUAUAAUGGUUUAAUGUUAGACAUUGAUGUUUUUGCUUGGAUAAAUCAAAGAUAUAAAAUACAGUUACAUGGUUAGAUACAUCUUUUGUCAUCUAAACUUUAUUGUAGUUUCUACAUAAUUGUAAAACUGACAUGAAUAGUUUGGUUUGAUUUUUGUUUAAGACUGAAGAGUACAUCUUAUUCUCAGUGUUCUAGACAAAUGAGUAUAAUGUAAUUCUGGUGGGGUCCAAAGUAGACGUUAGUUGGGCAAAGAUACUAUGAAUGAAAAAGUAUUUUAAACGUAAAAUGUUCUGCUUUGUGAAUAUGUAAGUAUAGUAUAAAGAUUUCUUUCAUCCCAUUAUCCCCCUCCUUUAAAAUAAACCAUAGUUUACAAUUGGUAGAUCUGUCUAUAUAUAAAUAUAUAUUAAAGAGAAAAGAUAUAUAUCUGAAAAUCACCUAAAUCUGCUUUAUUAGACUACAGUUCACUUAUUGCAUAGAAACUGGACUUGGCUUUACAUUCUUAAUGUACUUUUACUUUUCCUCAAGAUAUGAACUUACUCUCUUUAAACUGAAUUUUCUUUUACUACUUAAAUCAUUUAUGUAUAUCUGGUAAAUUAUGACCAAAUUUUUGUUAGAUUGCAUACAGUAAAUUGAAAUACACACUUGGUACACUACGGGAUUGUUGUGCUUUUGUUUUGGUUUUAGUUGGAAACAAGGUUUGAUGUAGAUGGCUUGUUACUGUUAAUUUAAAAUAUUCUAUAAUUGUCCAUUACUUUUUAUGUUGUGUUGUGACAGAUUUGGCUAUAUUUUUAGUCAACUGAAAUAUGAUACUUUAAAAGUUUGUUUUUAGAAAGGUAAUCCAAAGGAAUAAUGUUUAUACUCUUGAAUAUAUUAGCCUCAGCCUAUAUAAAAAUUUCUUCUUUAAAGUAAACAUUUUACCAGAAACAGAACUGACAGAUUUUUCUACUUGCUGACUGCCUAACUUAUUUUGUUUCAUGAUCUCGAGGGACUGCCUUUUCCCUUCUAGGUCUUUUUUUAAAAAUAGUUUUAGUACUAAGGUAUACUACUGGACUUUUUUUUUUUUUAAGUAUAUUCUUUUUCUGACUUACAGUACAAUUUCAGGAAGUUGAUAGAUAAUAAGAACUUAUGAUUGGUCUCAAGGUGACAAUGAAAUACUCAUAAUUUUGUCUGUGGAGCCCUGGCAGAAUUAUGUGUUAUACAUUUGCUGAAUUUUUCUCUUGUAACUUAUAUUUUAAAUGAGAAGCAUAUUUUAGAGCUUGUAAUUUUAAUGAAGAGGAAGAAUAUAAACUUUCUUUCCUAUUUGCUCUAGUAACAGACCCUCUCAUAUAAAUCAAGAUCAUGUAUUAUUUCUUAGAAUUCUCAGAGACAGUUACUUCCAUAUGGUCCCUGCAUUGUUGUUAUUGGCCCUCAUUAUUCAUAUUCACUAGAUGUUUUGCUAAAUUUUAGCACCCCAGCAAUUAAGAGCUUAAAAAAAAACUGUAGGAAGGGGAAGCUGAACACUAAUGAAUAGCUUUGAAAUUUGAGGGGGGGAAGGGAAACACUAGCUGGUUUUGGUAGAGCCAUCCUGCUGGAGAAGAGAGAAAUGAAUGAGUUAAUUCAUGUAAAGCGCUUAGAACAAUGUCUGGUGCAUAAUAGGAGCCUAAUACAUCUUAGUUUAAUAAUAGAUGUGAACCAAGAGGAAAGGGGGAGAAAAUAGAAAAUGAAAGGAUCAGGGUUGGGAAAUUUAUAUUCAUACAGUACAGUUGUAAAAGGCCUGAAGAUGACUGGAGGAGUAUAACACGGGGCAAAGUGUGAUGGAAGAGGAGUUUUAAAAAAUAAAUUUUAAAACUUCGGUAAGCUUUAUGUAUAUUUUAAAGAUUUUGUCAACAUAGAAGAGUUUAUUUUUCUGGAUAAUGAUUCAAAAGCUACCAUUGUUUUAGUGCCUACAUGUGCCCUUGCGCUUUACAUUAUUUUGUCUAAUUCCCUAAGGUGGGUGCUAUUGUCUCCAUUUUAUGGAAGAGAAAAGGCUCCAAGAAAUUUGCAUAACAUAACUUGCCUGAUGUGACACAGCUACUAAGUGUUAGAGCUGGGUUUUGACCACAUCUGAUUCUGAAGCCCAUGUUCUUUUUAGGGGGCUCUAUUAACUGCCUCAUUAAACUUUUGUAGAAUUUCAGUGCUUUAAAAGCAGUUUGUGUAUGGAGACAUGUUCUCCCCAUAAAACAUCAUACGUUAGGAAUUUGAGUGUCUAAUCUUUCCUCCCCCUCAAAUAUCCUUAUCAGUCUUUUCCUCCUAAUACAGCAGUUUUGUCACCUGACUAUAAAUAAGACACCUGACCUCAGUGUAGCACAUGCUAUUAAUUGGCUGUGGCAUUUUUAUUUUUAAAAGGAUGGUCUUAAAAUGAAGAACUAGAUGCGAACCCCAGUUUUUGUGCCGUUCAGUCACCCAGAUCCUUAAACUUAACUAUGGUACAUAAUAUAUGUGCUUAGAACUAACAGGUGUUUUUUCUUAGUCACUUUAGGAUUUAAAAUGGAAAGUUUUUUCCUGCUGUAUCCCUGCUUUCAAAUGAAGCUGAACAGUUCUUAGAUAGUUUAAAAUGUGUUAGGGAUAAGCACACUUUAAAAGAUGUUUUCUGGCCCUGAAUUUUAUGACAUUGGGUACUUAAUUUGGAGUACACUGGCUAUUGAGAACAAAAUUUUGGGUUGAGGAGAGGGAUGGUUGAGGCCAUUAUGAAAUGGGAGAAUCAGCAUUUUAAACACUGUAAACAUAAAAGAACGCUUUCUUCUGCCUGCUGUUUGUAAAAGCUCUUGGGGAAGAUCUUUUACGAAGACCAAUUUUUUAAAUGUAAUUUACCUACCUAGUAUAAGUGUCCUAAGACAUGUAUGUAAACUUCCAAAACUGUUUUGUCUGUGUAUUUAGAAAAUACACAAGAAUCUUUAUCAAACCUAAAAAUAUAAACUUGUGAGCACUAAACUUGCUUCUGGCUUUGUGAAUUUUGUUGACUCUGACAUUUAAUUCAGAUUUCUUUGAAAGUGUAUUAAUUUGGACUAUUUGGGGUAGGGGAGCACCUUUGUAAACUUUGACUUAUGUAUAAUUCAGAUAUCUUUGUACUUAAGGUUUACAAGUUUGAAUUACAUAAUAGGGUUUUUUGGUUUGUAUGUUUUUAUAUGAAGUGCAUAAAUGACUCAAACUACCUCCUCGUAAUGCUUGGAGAGCUGCUUUAAUUCAUAGAUAGCAGUGAUUUGUACUCAGCAUUUCAUCUAUCUUUUAAUCUUUAUUACUUUUGGGAUUCUUUACAGGUUUUAGAAAACAUUAAAAUAUUUCCCCUCUAA